CUCUUUUUUAUUUUUUUCUCUUUCUUUUUUCUCUUCUCACUCACCAAACGAACUCGUUUGCUUAUCACACCUUAUUACCAUGGAAAAGUUUAGAGAGAAAAUGACCACCUUGCGUGCCGAAGCUGAGGCCGCCACCAAGCGUGUGGAAGAGUUGGAUAUCAAAGUGACUCAGCUCCAGGAAGAACAUGAUGCUAAAGACAACGAGAUUGCCGAUCUUCAAGAACGAGCAAAGUUAUUGGAAGAGCAACUUGAAAAAGCCGAAGCCGAUCUCAAAGAAGCUAGCGCAAAUUACCGUGAGGCCGACUUGCGUUUUGAACAACUUGACAAGAAGACCGUCAAGCUUCAACAAGAGGUAGCCACGUGGGAUAAGAAGAAUGCAGAGUUGGAAACCAAGUACGAGGCUGCCAAGGCGGAGAUGGAGGAAUUUGAACAACAGCUCGAAGGUGUUUAAAGGACUUUUCAACAAGAGAAGUUUAAUUUCACUGUCGGAAAAAGAAACCACAAACAUACAAAGGCAAAAUACACAUGUCAGCAUCUUUCCAACGUCCCC